AUGAAGGCUUCGGCGGCUUAUCUUCUCACCUUUGCCCUGGGCGCUGUUCAGGCCCAGGCCUCCGUCCAGUGUGUCGACGGCCAUCGUGAGAUGAUAGGCCCCGACUACAUGGUCGAGUACAAGUGCGAUAUCGUCCGCCAGGGAGAUGUCCACAACAACAUCGCCACCCAGCAGCAGUGCGCCGAGCUCUGCAAGAACGCUGGCCGCUCUGUCUGCACCUACCACCCUCCCACCCGACGAUGCGUCGUUGGUCAGGAAGGUGGCAGGGAUAUCCCUCGCCCUGGCGCCAUCUACAUGCAAAAGGUUGAGGAGGAUGUCUACGAUCCUUUCACCGACUCUUCGGACCCCUUUGGUUCGGCCUGCGAGGACGAGAAGGCUGCUUGCCUUCUCCGCGAGAGCAACCUCCAGGCUGAGCUAGCCAAGACUCGGACCGAAUCUGAGGACUCCAAGGACCUCUUUGCUUCCAGCUGCCCCGUCCAGCACACCAAGUACACUACCGUCAGUGGAAGGGACUACCGCAUCUGGUGCGCCCGCUACCACGACACUUCUUCCCCCAAGGAGAUCUACAACAACGUCGAUACCAUGGCUGCUUGCAUCAAGCUCUGCAGCUCCAAGAGCUGGUGCACCUACGCCCUCCACGGCAUCUAUCUUACCAACUGCCAGCUCUAUGAGCGCAAGGUUUCCCACACUACUACUCCCGGUCUUGAAGGCCACAUCUGGAACUGUGCCGUAAAGAAGUAA